AGCUAUAAUCUUGAUUCGUCUUCUCUUUCCGCUUGUAACUCGACCCAUAAGCUUUAUACCCUCUUCUUUAUCCUCUCCCGGGACUGUAAAAGGUCCACUUGAUCGACUAAAAAGCGAGACGGGUCUACUUAUAAGAAACUUUGCAAGAAAUCCCCAAGAGAAAGUUACCCGAGUAGGGACACACUCUCUCGCCCUCGCCUCCAGUCACUGGAUGCCUGGCCUGCUCUAAGACAAACAAGAGAACUUUAUCUUUCAUUCCUUCGCCAGACCUCGCCUCCUUCUCCACUGCACUGUGAACAGGGUGUCCAGGGCAGUUAGAGACAGGAGAUUUUGGUGAAGAUUCAUUUAAGAGAAAACUACAAAUGCCAGAAACUCGAUCUCCUUAUACACUAACACUACACAGUCCAGCCACUAGCAGUGCUUCUUCUUCAUCUGUAGCUACCUACCACUGGCCACUACAAAUAACUGAAUCAUGGAAUGAAGCUCACGAGAUUGCAGAGACAGUGAGGUGGGUGUGUAGUGAUUUCCCUGAGCUAGAGACAGCAGUACAGAACUGUAUCUUCAAUCACUUUGACCCUUCAAGCUUUGAAAGUAUGAAAAUGUUCUGUGAGAAGUACAACAGAGCUGUAGAUAACAUCAGGAAACUGUGGUCAGGAAGACAGCCUCCUCCUUGUAUAGAUGUCCUACCAUCUUCACAGCAUCUUAAACACAUCAUAACACAGAUAUACAACAGAUCAGUCAAGAAACCUGAGGACUUGAAUCAGUACGAACCAUUCUCACCAGAAGUUUAUGGUGAAACAUCCUUUGAGUUGAUUCAAGAAGUUAUAGCAACAACAAGAAUGACAGAGAAUGACGUCUUUCUGGACCUUGGAAGUGGUGUUGGUCAGAUAGUCCUUCAGGUUGCUGCUAGUGUUGGUUGUAAAUGCUAUGGCAUUGAAAAGGCUGAUAUCCCUGCUAAAUAUGCUGAGACGAUGGACUCUGAGUUUGUUCGGUGGAUGGACUUUUACGGUAAAAGUUACGGCGAGUACGAGCUAUUAAAAGGAGACUUCAUGGAUCCUAAAUUCGAAGAGAUCUUUAAUUCGGCAACUGUUUUAUUUUGUAAUAAUUACGCAUUCGGACCUGAUCUUAAUCAUCGACUAACACUCAAAUUUCAGAAUCUCAGAGACGGCGUCAAAAUCGUCUCCUCGAGAGAGUUCUGUCCACUUAAUUUUCGAUUAACGGAAAGAAAAUUAUCCGACAUUGGUGCGAUGAUGCGUGUGGUCCAGUUGUCUCCUUUAAAAGGUAAAGUCUCGUGGACCGAUAAACCAGUGUCCUACUAUCUACACAUGAUCGACAGGACUGUGUUGGAAGAAUUCUUUCAUAAGCAGAAACAUGCUGGAGAAAAGUCUGAAGGUUCCACUACUUCAUUAUCAGGAGAUGAAGAUGAUAGUAAUAGUUCCUCUUCGUCUGAUUCAGAAUCAUCCUCAAGCAGUUCUGAAGGCUCCAGCCUUGACAGCACAAACGAGGAUCUAUUCCCGUCCCAGAACAGAAUGGGACCAGUCGAACACUACCACUUCCCUCCCUCCUCGAAUCAGUAUCUUACCGAGAGACCACACCCAAUUGCCGAAAGGCCACACUCUUUAGAUCGACCACACCCACUUUCCUCAUACAGGAAGUCAAUGAGUACCAGUACUUCGUCUGUUCCUAAAAAGUCCACGCCCCCUGUAGGCUCUACCCAUCUACCCCACCCACCCCAUCCGCAUGUACCUCAUCCUAAGAGACACAGGACUAAGGUUGUGGGCGGAGCAGUAGGUGUGGCUAGGGGCGGGGCCAAGAGGAAGAGGUUAUCAAAGAAAGAACCAAACUCGAUACAGCUCCAGCAUCAGGGAACACCGCUGAUUGACCACGCCUCCUUGAAUAGACUAUUUGACUCCUUUAGACAGCAGAAUGAAGCAUAUUUGAGUCAACUUGGUUCAUCUUCAUUCGCUGCCUGGCUGACUGAUGCUGCUGAGAAGGAGAAGAUGAAGCGAAAGCACCUAACAGGAGUCAUAGAGCACCUCGAGUCUGAAGUGAAGUCUUUGUCUCAGGAGACUAUACAGAGUAUGAAGAAGAGUAUGCUAAGCCUGGGUAUAACUGAUCUAACACCAGAGGGUCUUCUCUGUGGUGCCAAAGACAUUGUGGCUCUCAACAGACAGCUAAGGAAAGAAGUAGAGCUUUUGGAAAGAGAAGUGGUUCAACUUAAAGAGCAGCAUCACUCCAUGAAUGGAAUCAAUUGCCACUCUCCUUCUCCUCCAACUCUCGUCCCUCCUCCUCCUCCUCCUCAUAAUGUACCUCCUCCUCAAAAUGAUAAUAAUCCUAUUACUGUUCCUCCAUCACCUCCUCUUUCUAAAGUAGUCAAUGAAACACCUGAUAAUGCACUGUUAGUGACUGGUUCCUCUCCACUCCUACCUAAUGAAGAAACCACCUCUAUAACGAUCCCAUCACUGACCCCGCCUACUGCCACGCCCACUGAAAUAAAAAGCGAAGCAAGAGAACCCUCUCCUCCGCCAAUAGUAUCAAUACUCUGUGUUGAAGAGGCAGGAACUGCAGAGCAGAAACUAUCGGAAUUAUCUUCUCCUAAUUCUUUCUCUCCUCCGUCCUCUCUCCUCCAGUUUGAGAUCAGACUAGAGACGAUAGAUCAGGCCGUUCUUGAACUAGGACCUUUCGCUAAAGAGGUACAUCAACAGGAUAGAUUAGGAGUUGAUUCCGUGUCAAUGGGUUGGAACGAUUUUAGAAAGGAUAAAAUGGGUGUGGUUAUAGGUGGGGCUGCGAGUGUGGUACCGCCCCUUGCCCCGUCUGUGUUUAAAAGUGGUGAGAUACCGCCUGUGACGGUAGCAGCUGUAUCGUCUCUCAAAGGUGUCAAGAAAAAUGGACGCAGAAAGAAAGAGGAGAUGCCAUCAUGGACUAAUGGGGCACCCCCAAUAUUAUCAAUGGGCGUGUCUGUUGCCGGGGGUGAUGACGUGAUGAAAAGUGCCACGCCUCCUUUAAGACCGGAGUCUUUAGUAUCAGAAACAACUUCAGUUGCCGAGGCUAUGUUAGCGCUUGGCCAUGCCCCUAAUAACGAGGCUCAGACCACGCCUACUCCUGUUAGUAUGCCAGCUCUUAGAACCAGUAGUGGUAGUGUUGUGGGGGAGGUCAGGGACGAGGGUGCAAGAGGACGUUCCUCUUCAACCUCCUCUCACCCUCUCCCUCCCCUUCCUUCUCUCAGUCGGUUACCUCCCCCUCCUGCGUCUCUCAAUAUUCCACCGCCCUCUGUAUCGGCCAUGCCCCCUUCUCUCCCCCCUGAUCCUGCUCCUCUUGCUAAAAAUAGAACCGGUAGUACCAGCAGUUUAAAAUCCAACACUUCUUCUCUAGCAGUCAUAGAAGAUCCUUCUCCUCCAUCUAAUAUUGCUCUUACUCAGUAUGAGGCUAGUUCUAAUAAAAGCACACCUCCCGUGGGUCGUUCCUCUUCUCGAGACCACGCCCCUCCCUCCAGAGACUUGGCCCCGCCCUCUGCAACGUCUGGAAACCCAUUCCUACCUCCUAAUCUACAGACUCAGACCGAUUCCUCUGCUGUGGUCUCAUUCCCAUACUCCUUUGGCUGGAACCAGCCUCUGUAUCGGACUAACUUUUAUCCAGCUGCUAAUCCCGCCCACGCACUCACAUACGGAGUAUCAGCUGACUCUACCCACUCGUUAGAUACUCAGAUACGCCCACUUUUAUCACCUUACCUGUUCCGGUAUCCUUACACUGGGGCCAUGGGGACUCACUCUUUACAGGGUAGCAUCCCGUUAGGAGGAGUAGCCUCUGCUCCUUUUCAACCCACGACUCUCUCUUCUCCUCCGUCUCGUCUCUCAGCUUUUAAAACUCUCCACCAGCAGCCAUUUAAUAGAUCUCUGACUCCGCCCACUCUCCACCCACUAGUGACUGCUCAAGGUCUCGAUAAAGUCCCUACCCCGACUGUAGGUGAUGCCUUGAACCCCUGGUUCCUUAGCCAGUACCCGUCAGCCCCUGCUGGUGGGGUAGCGUUUCCUUUUGGAGUCCUCUCACAGCAAGCCACGCCUACAAUACCUCCGGGUACUUUUGGAGUAUUAGCCGGGGGCCUUCAAACUCCGCCCACUAGCGGGGAAGAAAAGAGAAUAGGAAGAGGAGGGAAGAGAGGUCCUACUGAGUAUUAUACCAGUACAGUUCAUGAUAAGCCGUCACACGAGAUGCUGCAACACAGACAGACCUUUGAUCAUUCACUUCUAUCGUCACCUUCACCUUCCUCACCUCGUCUGGAGGGGAGGGUGAGAGGGGGCGGGGCCAAGUCCGAGAGUAGAUCCACUCCCAGACUAAAGAUUCACCAGAUGAAUAACGAGGACUUUCAAGCAACAGACAAAGGAACUGAUCGUAGAAGGCGAAGACCACGUAUAUCCCAUCAACCUAAUCCUGUUAAAGACUUUGGGACAGUGACUCAUGUUAACGAGGUGUCUGAGACUCCGCCCACUCCAGAAGAAGACAUGAUUGAUGUGACAUCUAUUGAUCCAUCGCCACACCCUCUUUUAAUAAGAGGACAUCCUCUCGAAUCAGAUCAAUUGAUUCAUAUUGAAGAUUCACCGGCCCCGCCCACUCCUCCUGUAGCCCCACCCACUGAGAGUAGUACCGCCCACACAUCUAACGAACCUACCACUAAAGAGAAAAAUUUUGUGGUUAAUAAAAAUACAGAGAAAGAAGAAGAGUUGAUAUUGUUAUCUGAUCAAGAGGGAGGAUCUUCCGAAGGGACAGUGUCUGCUUCUCCUUCCCCUCUCCCCCUCUCUCCUCCUCCAGUAAGUAGCCACACCUCCUUCCUUUUCUCUCAAGACAAUGACUCAUCACUGACCUCCUCCAGACCAGCUGAAGAGACCAAAGAUCAAGAAAGAGUAGGAAACACUCCUCCUGUUACUACUGCUAUCAUAGAAAUGGCUACUCCUUCCGUAAUCACAGAAAUUAAUCGCCAUAUUCAAGUGUCUGGUGUGAACAGCAGUACUACUGACAGCCACUGCUUACAACCAUCAAAUAAAGUAUCCGGUUCCAGGACUACUACUACUAUUGGCAUUAAUACUGCUAGUAUACAUCAACCACCUACUACAGUAGCUACUAUUGCUACUACUAAUGAUACUAGUGCUAAUAGUGAAGGACUGAUAGCAGAGAAAGAAAGAGAGUCACAUACAACAGGAGAAAAGGGAGGAAGGACAUUAGUAACUGAUAAUACCUCAUCACUGAUAGGUAACAGUCAUGUUACUGUACAUUCUGAUACAACAAGACCUGAUGAUGCUAAUCCUCAAUACACUAACAGUGUCAAUGGUAGCAGUAUUACUGAGUCACAAUCUACUAGUACCAGUAUCGUACAAUCAAACACCACUUCGUUACUCUCGACUCCGCCCCUUUCUCAAACCAUGCCCACUCCAUUAAUUAAUACCAUUACGAUCAGUCAUUCUGAGGAUGAAUCAAGUGAUAAAGAGAAAGGAUCUUAUCUACCGAUCGACAUGUCUGACAUCAGCGGAAUGAGAUUUGAGUUUGACGACAGUGAAGAGAAAAGCCUCGAAAUUACAAGUCUUCACUCUUCGUCUCCUGGUAGUGACCAUGCCCAUUUAUCGUUGAAUUCUAAUCCACCACCAGGAGAGGAGGAGGAGGAGGGAGAGAUACUAUCAGUUGAUGAUUUAGAAGUUGAAGAGAAGGAGGAGGAGGAGGAGGAAGGUAAGAGAUUGGAAGAAGAUAAAGUAGAAGCUGACCCUGAGGAUGUUUUUCAAGAUGGCGGUCACAACCCUCACUCUUCCCGACUCCUCUCUUCAUCAUCGUGUUCAUCAGAUGCUCUUCGCUACCAUGAGGAUAGGAUCUCUCUCUCUGUGGACGACAGACUCUCCCCUCCCACCCCUCAGAAGACUCUGCCCACCUCCAAUAUGCUACCAACGUCUACCGCUAAUCCUAUUAAAGAGAAGAGAAAUUUUUUCAGUUUGGAUGGAGACAAAAGUACAAGUCAGCGAUUUAAUACGAUUGAUAUCAGAAUUGAUAGUGAAGACAUUAGCAGAGAAGGUGAUGAGACUGGUUUUGAAGUAAAGCCUAGCGAGAUUACUAGUAAUAAUUUCACCAGUACUGUUCUUACUGAUGAUAUUAGCAGCAGUCAAGAGUCUUUGAAAAAGAAAAAGAAGAGGUUGUUGAACAGGGAUUUCACCAAACACUCUCAGUCAAGAACAAUCUCCACUGCCAUAGCUAGUCCUCCAUCUUCAACUAUUAAACAAUCAUCAACUCAAAUCAAAGAGAGACCGAGAGAGAAGAGUCUAUCAAAGCAUUCCAGUAAACUACAUGUACACCAUGUAGAGGAGAAACACCGUCACCAUCGUCAUAGACACCGUCACCACGGUGACAGGUUGACCACGCCUCCUAGUCGUCACGAGCAACAUGGAGGGUCGUCUGAAAGAAAAGGACAUCAUAGAUCACCGAGACCACGCCCUCAUGUCGGAGAGGAACAGUUGUCACCUCAUCGUAGCCACGCCCACAACAGAAUGAAGAGACACAGUCCGAGUGAAGAUCGUACUCAUCAUAAGAAGACAAGCCACACCCACUCCUCCGCCCACUAUCAUCAUGAUCAUAAUCACUGCAGUGGGCGGAGUCACUCUUCAACUCCUGUCAGCGAUCAUUAUGAAAGUGGGCGUGUCUUUGAUAAACCACACCCACACAGAACAAAGGAAUCGUCACCGAGCUGGAACUCUGAUGGUCCCGAGGAUGGGAGGGUGUGGUCUCAUCACCAUGGCGACCAUAGAAAGAGGCGUGGCAGUGAAGGAAGUGGGGAGGAUGUUAAAUAUAAAAAGAGAAAACAUCAUAAGAAUCAUGAUGAGUCCAGAUACUACAAUAAAGAACAUCAACCUACUUCAGUUCCUUAUUAAUGAGACACACACACACAUACUGCUGUAUAACUACUACCCAAUGGCUGCUCUCUCUCUCUCUCUCUCUGUUUGUGAUAGAUUAUAAAUUAUUAUUAUU